AGCUAUAAUGAGGCUUGUUAUUAGAAUAGCUUCAAUCCAACCACGUGCAUCAUCUUCAAUUUCCCAACCCAACCCUACUUUUUCAUCAUCUGAAUCAAAUGCAAACUCACAAUUCAACAAAUCUUUGCUCUCAUGGAACCGACUCAAGCCUCCCUCAACCAAAUGCAACUUCCCCAAACUCCGCCACAAGUGGAAGCAAUACCAAGGAAUCAACCACUGGGAAGGCUUGCUGGAUCCUCUUGACGAUGACCUACGCUGGGAAAUCCUAAGAUAUGGCCACUUUGUGGAUGCUACAUAUAGCUCCUUUGACUUUGACCCUUCUUCUCUUACCUAUGCCACAUGUCUUUACUCGAAGAAAUCGCUAUUGAACAAGUGCGGGUUGGGAAACUAUGGAUACCGAUUGACUAAAUAUCUACAUGUCACGUGUGGGAUUCACAUGCCAACAUGGAUAAAUAAAUUUUUUAAACAAGCCUGUAUCCGGUCCAACUGGAUCGGAUAUGUGGCAAUUUGCGACAACAAGAAAGAGAUUACGCGUCUUGGCCGACGUGACAUUGUAAUUGCCUUCAGGGGAACGGUUACUUGUUUGGAGUGGUUAGAAAACCUACGCGCGACCUUGACACACUUGCCGGAUCACGUGGUCGGAGAAAAUGAUGGUGUUGGUCCCAUGGUUCAAAAAGGGUUUUUGAGCCUUUACACCUCCAAAAGCACCACACGUGCAAGUUUGCAAGAAAUGGUAAGAGAAGAGAUUGGAAGAGUUAUUCAAAGAUACACCAAUGAACCACUUAGCUUAACCCUAACGGGUCACAGCCUUGGAGCCGCACUCGCAAUCCUAAGCGCGUAUGAUAUAACCACCACCUUCAAGAACGCACCAAUGGUCACGGUUAUAUCUUUUGGUGGGCCCCGCGUGGGAAACGAGAGUUUUAGGAAGCAAUUGGAACAAAAUGGAAUCAAGAUACUAAGAAUAGUAAACUCCGAUGAUGUUGUGACUAAGGUUCCGGGACUCGUGGUGAAUUUAGAUGAUGUGGCGAGUAAUGAAGAUGUCCACAUGGGAAUUUGGUCAAGAUGGUUGCACAAGUACAUAGAAGACAUGCAAUUGGUGUAUGCUGACAUUGGGCAGGAGUUGAGGCUAAGUAGCAAGGAGUUUCCAAAUCUUAACAAAGGAGAUGUUGCCAUGUGUCAUGACCUCAAGACAUACCUUCAUUUAGUGAAAAAUUUUGUAAGCUCCUCUUGCCCUUGCAAACACAAAAAAUCCACUCCAUUCAGCCACAAAUUUGGAUCAUCUCCGGGUGCUAAAUAAUAAGAUAUGAAUAUUGACAUAUGAAAAAA